ACAGCGCAUCCCGGAGUCUCCAAAGCUCCGCAGCAUCCCGGCCAAACACCCGACGGGUGGGGAAAAGUUGCGCCUCCUCACUUGUGAAAGUCUCCUCGGUGUUUGUGCGAAGUGACGGAUCCGUGAUGCGCAGCGACGCAGACAAGUGAACUUUCUUUUUCCUUUUUCUUUUACGCAUCCAUGCCGAGGCGCGCACUCUGACUCUGGAGAAGGACUUUUCCCCAAAAAAAUUACGCGCGUCCUGUCGAUGGGACCUCAUGUUUGUCACGGGAGGAUUUCUGCUUCUGAGAAGUUUGAAAGUUGAGGAGUGAAGAGAGGAGAAGGAGGAGAAGGAGGAGAAGGAGGAGAAGAGAGCUGUCCGCACGCUCGGGAGGAGACGAGGGGACACUUUGGAGUUCGUUUGGCGAUGGAGACUUCCGCAUCGAGAGCCUCCGAGAAAAAAGACAAAAUGGACGGGAGUGGAUUCUCCGACCUCCCGAAGAAACCCUCAGAGACGAGAGCCCCCCACCACAUCUUCCCCACCUUCCACACACCCAUCCCGAUUGACAUGCGGCAUCACGAGGGACGAUACCACUACGAGCCUCACGCGCUGCACGCCAUGCACGGCCCUGCAGGUUUGGCCGGCAGCCCCGUCAUCUCCGAUAUCUCCCUGAUACGCCUCUCACCCGCUGCCGUGGCCACCGGCGACUCCCCCUUCAGCCCGCCUCACCCGUACGUCAACCCCCACAUGGAGCACUACCUGCGCUCCGUGCACGGCAGCCCCACCCUGUCCAUGAUCUCAGCAGCCAGAGGACUGAGCCCCGCCGACUUGGCCCAUGAGCAUUUAAAAGACCGCGGGCUGUUUGGACUCCCUCCCCCUCCUCCGGGGGCGAGCUCGGCCGAGUAUUACCACCUGAUGGCCAGCCACCGGAGCCCGUACGGCGAGCUGCUCAUGCAGGGGGCCGGGGCCACCACGGGGUCCCACCUGUCCGACUACAUCACCCCCAUCGAGGUGUCGCGGUUUUCCAGCCCCAGACUGACGCCGCGGCUGAGCAGGAAGCGGGCUCUGUCCAUCUCGCCGCUGUCGGACGCCAGCAUCGACCUCCAGACCAUGAUCCGCACCUCGCCCAACUCGCUGGUCGCCUACAUCAACAACUCGCGCUCCAGCUCGGCCGCCAGCAGCUCCUACGGACACCUGUCUGUCGGAGGACUCAGCCCGUCCUUCCCGUUCCCUCACCCCAUCAACCCCAUGGCGUACCAGCAGCUCCUCUCCCAGCAGCGGGGGCUCAGCGCCUUCGGACACACCCCGCCCCUCAUCCAGCCUCCGCCCACUUUCUCCAGCCGCCAGCCGGGCCUCGGCCUCUGCUCGCUGCCUGGCUCCGCCCACAACAGCGACCUGCCGUCCAAAAACCACAGCGGUGACUCAGCCGUCAGCAGCACAGUUGACCCCAUGAUCACCAAAAGGUCAAAGGUCAAGUCCGAAGGAGAGGGACUGAGGCCGUUGUCUCCGUGUUCACCGAACCACCACGGCAGCUUGUUGGACCUGAAGGACGACGUGGAUCGGGACGAAUGUAAGCAGGAGCCCGAGGCCGUUUACGAGACCAACUGCCACUGGGAGGGCUGCAUCAAAGAGUACGACACGCAAGACCAGCUGGUCCAUCACAUCAAUAAUGACCACAUCCACGGAGAGAAGAAGGAGUUUGUGUGCCGCUGGGAGGACUGUUCGCGGGAGCAGAAACCCUUCAAAGCUCAGUACAUGCUGGUGGUUCACAUGCGCCGACACACAGGGGAGAAACCACACAAGUGCACGUUCGAAGGCUGCUCUAAGGCCUACUCCCGUCUGGAGAACCUAAAAACACACCUACGCUCGCACACCGGAGAGAAACCGUACGUCUGUGAGCACGAAGGAUGCAACAAAGCCUUUUCAAACGCCUCUGACCGAGCCAAACACCAGAACCGGACACACUCCAAUGAGAAACCCUAUGUAUGUAAGAUCCCCGGCUGUACCAAGCGCUACACAGACCCCAGCUCUCUCAGGAAGCACGUGAAGACGGUCCACGGCCCUGAGGCCCACGUCACCAAGAAGCAGCGCAGCGACCUGCCGCCGAGGCCGCCGGCGCCGAGAGAGAACGGCGAGAACGAGGCGGGUAACAGAGAGAGAAUCCAGAGGGACGACAAGAUAUCAGACAACAGCUCCCCCAGAGGCAUGGAGGACUACCUGCACGUCAAAUCCAUCAAGACUGAAAACUCUGUGAUGUAUCAGUCCAGCCCUGGCGGUCAGUCAUCAUGUAGCAGCGAACCAUCACCACUUGGCAGUGCCACCAACAAUGACAGUGGAGUAGAAACGGCGGCGCACAGCGGGGGGAGCCUGGGGGACCUCAGCACCCUGGACGACCUGCCCUUCGUGGAGUCCUUGAGCUGUGAAGAUUCCGCCGGCGGGGUCGCGGUGGUGGGUCUCCACCUCCGAAAGCAGUUCGGCGCCAGCCAGCGUCUGGAGCAUCUGAAGAAGGAGAAGCUGAAGACGGUGAGGGACUCGUGCCGCUGGGCCAGCAACACAACACCCGUGGUCCUCGGCACUAAGCUCCCACCCAUACCGGCAAGCGGGUCCCUCUUGGAGAGUCCAAGUAUGGGUGGUGGUCCGGCGUCCUUCCCUGGUUCCGGCUUUGGUAAUCUGAGCUCUGGUAAAACGACUCUGCUGGAAAACCUUUCCGAGCGCCGUGACAGCACCUCCAGCACCCUGAGCUCAGUUUAUACCCUCAGCCGCCGCUCCUCAGGCAUCUCCCCUUGCUACUCCAGUCGGCGCUCCAGCCAGGCCUCGCAGUUCGGUGCCAACCGCCCCAGCAACCUUAGCUCCGCUGACUCCUACGACCCCAUCUCCGCCGACAUGUCCCGGCGCUCCAGUCAGGCCAGCCAGUGUGGGGGAGGCAGCGGAGGAGCAGGAGGGUGCAGAGGAGGGGGUUUCCCCAGCCCUCUCAGCCUGACCCCGGCCCAGCACUACCGCCUCAAGGCGAAAUACGCUGCUGCCACUGGAGGUGCGCCACCUACACCUCUUCCAUACAUGGAGCGAAUGUGUCUUAAGACCCACGCAGCACUGUGCGGGGACUCCCAGGAAUCCUCCACCACCAACCAGCCUUCCAGGCAGUACAGCAGCUAUGCCACACGGAGCCUGAUGCCCCAUGAGGUCCCGUCACACAUCCCCCGCAGAGCCAGUGACCCCGUAAGACGCGUGGCCAUAGAUUAUCCCAGCCAGCCACAAAUGCAGCGCUACAACAGCAUGGGCACACUGAGUGGAGGGGUGACCAUGCAGCCCCAUCCACCUCCUGCAGCACAUCUAUUCCAGCAAGGCUGCCUGCGACCGGAUGGUAGUCCCCACCACUACCCUUACAGCCUGCGACCGCCCAGCAUCUCAGAAAACGCCCCCAUGGGGAUGAUAACGGACGACAUCCCUGAAGAGGACCUGAUGCUGCCUGAUCUCAGCACUGACAACAGAGCGUCAACAAAUCAAGAUUUCCAAGGAAACCCUAAUCUGCAGCAUCAGUCGUACUUUCAGAGAAGGAUGGCUGUCAUGAACAUGAACCUGCCUAGUCAGGUUUUAGCCCCCUCCAGCAUGAGUCCAGGGCAGCAACGACAGAUGUGUCCGUCUUCACCAAGGGACAGUAAGGCCAAAGUACUUCCUCAGUGGAACAAAGUCUCUUUGGGACCCACAGAUGCGAGCCAGCACUACUUCAAACCUCAGGUCCGAGGGAACCUGGCUGUCCUCCAGCAAAACCAGAACUUUGGAUCUCUUCACAACGAUCUCAGAUCCAACCAGCAGAUGAUCCAAAACCUUGUCAACACAACACAGCAGAGAUGCAAACAAUUGAAUACCGAAGCAACCUGCGUCCAGCAGCAGAGACUCCAGCAGUUGUCAAAUCUGAAUGAAGCACUCGGCUCUCAGUACAGCUUCAACAGUCCUUACGAUAAGAACGGUAACUCCACUUAUCCACCUUGUAACAACGCAGCAGCAGUCAGGGGGGACAUGCUGAGCCCCACAUGCAAACAGGAGCCGGCGGACAUGCACUUUGCUGAUGCUGGAUUUCAGCCUGUGCAAGUAAAAACAGAGGAAGGAUCGGUCGUGAUUUCAGAGCAGCACAACUGUAACAUGAAUCCCUUGCAAACUGGGAGCCACCUCCAGCCGAUGCCGCCGACAGAGCUUCCGAGCAGGCACCUACCAGGGCCGAAGAGGAUGCACCAAACGAGGAACCCAAGCACCCCAGAUGUUGCCUCCAAACUACCCAGCGGUGGAGUUUUAGGACUUCACUGCAGCAACAACUCUGACGACAAUGCCCUGUACUACACAGGGCAGAUUCAAGUAUUUGAGCCCAACGGGAACUUGGACCAUCACGUGGUGAAUGUACCUCCUUUUGAGAACAAUGUAGUGUCUCAGAGUCCAGGCAACAACCCGACACCAAGGACUGUAGACUGUACCGCAGUGCUGGAGCAGGCGCAGAUAGACUUUGAAAGCAUGCUGGACGAUGGGGAUCACUCCAGCCUCGUGUCAGGAACCCUGAGUCCAGGUCUGCUCCAGAGCCUGUCCCAGAGCUCCUCUCGCCUCACUACACCCAGGAACUCGGUGACGCUGCCCUCGGUGCCAGCGGGGACGGGGAACAUGGCCAUCGGGGACAUGAGCUCGUUGCUGACCGCUCUGGCAGAGGAGAGCAAGUUCCUCAACUCGAUGUCGUAGCAAACUGUCUUUGAACUCCUGAUGCACGAUAAACAUUCAACCAACUUAACGUUGACUGUGUGUGCGCCAAAAAGCCUCUGCAGUGUGUGACGCUUGUUUCUUGUACAGUCUCAUUAUUUAAAUGGCAGUUUUCUAUUGUUUUUGAAAGCCAUAUUUCUGUUUUUGUUUUUGCCUUAGCGAGUAAAUAUGAUGUAAACAACAGAAGUCUUUCAGUUGUUGUACAGGUCUGCAGUGAGAACCGUUUACUAAGUGCCUGGCUCAGCCAAAACUACGUGUAAAUGCAACCUGCGUAUCUGGAAUGUACCAUCGCCACCGACUUGUUUCACACUGUAAAUGACUCGAGCUGAACUUUGAUAUCAAGUCGCUCAUAUGUGCUGGAGGAGAAUCGUCUUCUCUCCCUCGUCACAGCCGCUGAUGAACUGUGACGUCUCAGUCGGGCUGCACGGACUUGAUUUGUGACUGAAUUAUGAGCCCAUGCAGAAAUCUGAGAAUAAAGAAUCAAGCUUUUUUUUCCUUUUGUACAUCGUUGUACCAGUGUGUCGUGCUGGUUGAAUGUAAAUAUCAUUUGUACAUUUUUAAGAAAUACAAU